CUGCUGUGCGUGUCAGGAAUUUGCUGCAUGAUGUUUCCUGAUGAGGGAGAACAUCAUGCGGGUACACAAAGAGAUCAAAUAUGCGGGUACUGCCAGAGCUGAUGGAAAUGGAGACUUGAUUUUGUCCAUGCAGGAAACUUCUGUUUUUUUUUUUUUUUGAAAGUGGCCAAGGGUGCUACUCUGCCUGUGCCUCCCUGGGACUUGGCCCUGGAGGCUUGUGGUGUUUCCUAGUUCAUUGAGGGAUAAGUUCCCAGGAGCUGUACUGCUCACUUCAACCAUUUGACUUUUUCCCUUUGUAGAUAACCGUCUGAGAACAUUUCCAUUGUAGCUCUGGCUUCUUAAAAGCACAAAACCGAAUUGUUGACCCAGGCGCAACAAUUGUGUCACAUCUCCAGAUAGCAAGCAGAAGGGUAGAGCAGUGUGCCUUGUUGCAUUUGCUGUUGUAGGUGUCAUCAUUCAUCCCUUCCCUAUGGCAACUCCAUGGGGAGGGUUCUUGGGCUUGAAGAGCUGAAGCUGUCUUAAGGUGCCUGUAGUUAGAGUGGCCAGCACAGAAACCCAGUCAAUCUGACUUUGGCAUUCAUGUUCAUGAACACAGCUCUUUUUCCUCCUCUGACUUUGUGUGGGAGACUUGGUUGUCUGAGUAUCUGGGUAUUUUUGUUCUUUGUGUUUGUCAUUUUUCUUUUUCUUAAAUUUGUAUUCCCCACCAUGUUUUUUUUUUUUUUUUCACUUGUGUUUUGCAAUGUCUUAUGGGAAGUGAUUUGAGAUCCUCCUUGCAACUAAGGCUAUGUGUUGUGAAGGAACCUAUCUGUGGCCUGGUUUCCUGGGGUAUCUUCAGUAAAAGAAUGGAAAUCCCAGAUGCUUGGAUUUCCUGAGGACCCUUGUGACCUACACCACAGGGAAGUUCUCAGUGGAGGCCUGGGAGGUCUAUGUAAAGAUUCCCAGUGGCUCCGCUUGGGCUUUGGUGACUUGGCCUCAGGCAGCCCUGGGCAGCUCUGGUCCAGGCCUCAAGUUCCUUUCUGUGCUGUGUUCUGAAGGUCAGUGCUGCUGAGCUGGCUGCCCCAGGAUGAACCUCAGCUGCAGGAAGGGGAAGUAGAAGUCCAGCUGGCUCUCUGCCAUGGCCUGUGAACCACAGAUGGACCCUGGGGGAACCACAGGUCCCCUGCCUACUUCUUCCCAUGGCUGGAGCACUCUGCCCACAGGAAGCCCUCCUGGCUGGGGACAAGAGCUCCACAAUGGCCAGGUUCUCACAGUUGUGCGUAUCGACAAUACCUGUGCACCCAUCUCCUUCGAUCUGGGAGCCGCAGAGGAACAACUGCAGACCUGGGGCAUUCACCAGGUCCCGGCUGACCAGUACAGGAGCUUGGCUGAGAGUGCGCUUUUGGAACCCCAGGUGCGAAGAUACAUCAUCUACAACUCGAGGCCUGUGCGGCUGGCCUUUGCCGUGGUUUUCUAUGUGGUGGUAUGGGCCAACAUCUACUCUACCAGCCAGAUGUUUGCCCUUGGCAGCCACUGGGCAGGUGUGCUUCUCGUGACCCUGGCCGCCAUGAGCCUGACCCUGACCCUCAUGUUUGUCUUCGAGAGACACCAGAGAAAGGCCAACACCAACACUGACCUAAGGCUGGCAGCCGCCAAUGGAGUCCUGCUGAGACACCGGGUGCUACUGGGGGUGACGGACACAGUAGAAGGAUGCCAGAGUGUGAUUCAGCUCUGGUUCAUCUAUUUUGACCUAGAGGACUGCACGCAGUUUCUGUCUGACCAUGUUCGGGAGAUGAAGAUCAGCCAAGAGUCUUUGCUGAGAAGCAGACUGAGCCAGUUAUGCGUCGUCCUGGAGACUGGGGUGAGCCCCACCGCAUCAGUGACAGCGGAGGGGCCCACGGACCUGGAGGACGCCCCUCUCCUGCCCAGCAGUGCUCGUCCUCGGGAGAGAGCACUUAUGCAGACUGAACUUCACCAGCUGGUUCCUGAGGCUGAGCCAGAGGAAAUGGCCCAGCAGCUGCUGGCAGUGUUUGGCGGCUACUACACCCGGCUUCUGGUGACCUGUCAGCUCCCCCAGACCGUGGGCACACGGCACAUGGACUCUCCAAAGGUCCCCUGUCCCUGCCAGCUCAUAGAAGCUCAUGUCCUCGGCGCUGGCUGCUGCCCGUUCCUGGCCAGGUGACCUAGGGUGAAGAUAACUUGUUUUCCUCUAAGAAAUGGCAAGCCCCAGGCACGGAGAGACACGUCUGGGGCCCUACAGACAUGUCUCUAACCUUCGUAGAAGCUGGUGGCUGCUGGGCUGGUCCCACUCCAAGCUACCCUAGGCUGUGUAGGACCAGGGACUUGGAUGGGAGGGCCAGUGUCCCACCCCUCUCAUAGAGAGCCCAGAGACCUGGACAUGAGCAGACUGGGCCAGUCAUGUGUCCAGCACUCAGUCUCAGGGGAUGAUUGGAUUCCCAGCAUCUGCACAACAGGUGGGGAAACUGAGGCUCAAGGAGGACGGUACUCUAUGGCGAUGUCCCUGGACAUCUCCGUUUUAAGGCUUUCUAGUCCAAAGAAGAAAAUAAGUGCAUUCUCAGAAGUUCCUCCACUUUCAAGUUCUUCUUCCCCACAUCACCUGCUAGCCACAGGCCACAAGAGACAGAAACGGAAGGGACCACGAGCGAUGGGCUGUUGAUGGGAGUGCUUGGAGCAGACUGGUCCUGUUUCACUUGACUGAUUUUGUCACAGGCACGCAGCCCAUGGUCAUGGUUUCUGUUGCAGCUGGAGGGUGACAUUCGUGUUUCCUAACACUAACAUUGUCCUGGAGUGAAUGUGAUGAGCGCUCAAGAUCCAGAGGCCAGCUGGAUGACCCAGAGAUGCACAGGCCCAAGUGCAAAUGCACUAGCCUGGUACCCUCACCUGUGGUUUUGGCCUCGUCUCCUACAAACCCCCUCAGGAGUUGACACUCUUUCCUGAACUGACAUAUGAAGUUUCAUUAAAAACCUUGGAGAACAUGGAAGUAAAAGAUAAGUUUAUUUUGGUGCAAAAAUGUUCAAAAUCUGUGUAUCUGAGGGAUCUUCAAAAGGCUCGUGGAGAUGUGUAUGAUGAAAACACUGUGCAUGAGAUUUAAAUUUUUUUGUUUGCACUGGAAUAUAUUUACAGUUUUAUUCCAUUUUCCCCAAGAUCUUUUGGAAGCAGCUGGUUUAUCUUCUAACUGUUGGACUCCUAUUCAUGUCUCAGAACCCCAUUUUCUAUGCUCCUCCUCUGGAAGCCCUUCCAGUGCAGGCAGCCCUGUUUAUUUUCUGCCCCCUUUUAAUUCUUGACAAAGCUGCUGCCUGUGCUCAUGUUUUAUGUUGUCAAUCCUGCUUUCCUGAGCAUGUGCUUAUUUUUCUAGCUAGAUUAGAAAUUCCUCAAGGACAAAGACUUCAUUUUAUGCUUUUCAUGCAUGACUGGGACCUGCUAAAGGGGAAAAAAAGUCCUGUGGAUUGAUUGUUUUGCCGUCUCCAUAGCAGCCCUUGCAGCUUGUCCUCCAAACUCAGUGGAAUGGGGAGAUUGGUAUGGACUUGGUUCUGGGCCCAAUCUGCCACUUCUUGACCAGUAGCUUGCUUUGGCUGGUCCUCAGUUACUCAUCCUUUUGCUGGGUGGAUUGCAUGAUUCUUAAGGGUCCUUCCAGGAACCAGGUCCUGGCAUUACUAGCUUAUCCUGCUCUCUCCCGGUCCUUAGCCAGUUAUGCUUUAACUAGACACAGAAAGGUUUCUUAGCUCCCCCUGGCUCCAGUGGCCUGGGCCUGAUAACACUCCUGGGCAGAAGUUUGGCCUGGCUUGCAGAAGGCCUGAAUUUUUAUCCCAGAUCUACUACAACCUCUUAGCUGUGUCACCUUGGCUGAGCCACUUUUAUAACAUGAAUCUGGUGAACUUGGAUUGUAACCACGAGGGUGACUUGCCAACAGAGCCAAUUAUUCACUUUCUCCGAGGCAGAGAAGGGCGACCCAUGUAUGGAUCAGCUGCCUUGGAAGGGAUUGUUUCAGGUGUCUGUCUUCAGCCAAGUCCAAGGACAGGUUUGCUGAGCGAAGUUAUUCACAAGGUGAUCACCAGCAUUGUGAACUGGCCCAGAAGAAAUGGUGAUAGAAUGCGAUCAGUAGAAGCCCAUGUUUAUCAUCUGACCAGAAAAUCCUGGUGAGUGAUACCAAGGAAGAAGAAUAUGCCUGUCGGAUAACAAAGCUUACAGAGCCCUUGCUGUGUUCCGUCCUGCCCUUCCUUUAGAGCUUGGAGUGGUCUCUCUUGGUGGGUGGGGUCCUCAGGGUAUGCUCAUGUUAGACAUUUCUCUGCAUCUGAGCCAGUUUCCUCAUUCAUAAGAUCUCUGUGACCUCUGUCCCACCUGCUUCACAGCAGAUCCACACUUGAACCUGCUCCUACAGCUCAUGGCUCCGUGUAAAUCCAGGCAUGGCCACAGUGUGGCUGGUGCAGCGUCAUCACCGAGUGAAGGCAGCAGCUCACUGCUUGGGUUCUCAUGUCACCUUUGGUCAUAUCCAGGUUCUGCCUCUUAGGAACAGCGUGUCCUUGCAUUGGAUCUCCUCAUUGGGGGAAUGAGGAGAAGAUGAGCCAAAUGAUGGGUUCCUGCAAGGGCUAAAUGGUAUUAAAAAUGUUGAAUGCUUGUAACUUUGACAAACUGGAAGAGAAUUCAAUAAACUGUUGCUAUUUUAUUUAAAA